AUGUCCCCUGAAACACUAAAUAAUCGCUCUACAGAAGUAUUGGAUGCUAAAGCUGUGUUAGCAACACGACUUGUUAAAUCACAACAAUCUAGUGGAAAAGAAUAUAUUUCUAUUUUUAAACUUCAUAAUCCAGUUGAAAACGUUCUACAGAUUAAAAAAACACUGGAAUCUUUACGUGGAGCUCUUUUCCAACGCCCCCCUUUAAUUGCUGCUGUAAAACGUCAAUUGCGUAUUCGUACUAUAUAUGAAAAUAAACUAUUGGAUUAUGAUGAGGAAGCAAAUGUAGGAGUAUUUUGGAUUAAGUGUGAGGCUGGUACUUAUGUAAGAACACUAUGUGUUCAUAUGGGUCUAAUGUUGGGAACUGGAGGCCAAAUGAUAGAACUUAGAAGAAACCGUUCCGGUAUUACAAGUGAAGAAGAAGGCCUUGCAACAUUACAUGAUGUUUUGGAUGCACAAUGGAUGUAUGAGAACAAUAAAGAUGAAUCUUAUUUAAGAAGAGUAGUCAGACCCCUCGAAGGCAUACUUACAAAUUAUAAACGUGUAUUUGUUAAAGAUAGUGCCAUCAAUGCAAUUUGUUAUGGAGCUAAAAUUAUGUUGCCUGGAUUAUUACGUUAUGAUGAUGGUAUUGAACUAAACAUGGAAAUUGUCAUUGUUUCCUCUAAAGGAGAAGCUGUAGCUUUAGGUAUUGCAUUGAUGACAACAGCUACAAUUUCAAGUUGCGAUCAUGGUAUUAUUGCCAAGAUCAAAAGAGUAUUAAUGGAUCGAGACACCUAUCCUCGUAAAUGGGGACUGGGACCAAUGGCUAGUACUAAAAAGAGCAUGAUAAAAGAUGGUUUAUUAGAUAAAUAUGGCAAACCAAAUGAGAAUACUCCAGAAAAUUGGAAGCAAACAUAUUACAAGGAGCCAGUUGAAAAAGUGAAGACUGAAAAUGAAAGUGAAGAAAGUAGAAAAAGAAAACGACAGAGUACACCACCAGAUGAUACUUCUCAAAUAAAAGAUGAAAAAAAAGUUAAAAAAGACAAAAAAUUAAAGAAAGAAAAGAAAAUUAAGAAAGAAAACUUAGAUAUUAGCCAAGAGGAAGAAAAUUGAAUGYAUAAAAUCAGACUAUUGAAGA